CUUUGUAACAUUGCGCAUCAACAGCCUCGACAGCGGCCAUGUCACAACUACCCUUUCAAUGGCCUACGAAUCUUUUUCGGGCGCCAUUGACAAAGGAUGUGUCGAAAAAUGUGAUUGGGGUGUGCCGGAGCUUCCACGCCUCGCAGUUCCAGCGUGACGAGGCCAACGAUUCUCGAGGGCCUUCCUCAUCUACGCCAGAUCGAAUUGCGAGAUCUCAACUCGCCGCGAGACAAAUCAGCAAUCUGCAGGCAGCGCGAGGAUUCCAGCGGAAAGGAUUGCGCGGCGGCGUUUUCAAGAGCGGUGCUGUACAGAGCCCACCUCUUCAUAUGCGGAAUGCGGGCCCUGUGGUUCGGCCUGUAACAGAUCCGAGUCAAAAGACGCCGAAUGUGGGCUUCGUCAUACGGCGUACAACAGAACCGGCCCAAAGGAUGAACCGAUCUCCUGGCAGACUCCUUAGUCGACCGACCUCUAGUCCACAGAUGCGAGCACCACAAGGCGGAGGAGGUAGGGGAAGGGGAGCUACGCGAGGCGGCAGAGGACGCAGAGGAAACCGAGGAAACCGAGGUCGGGGGCGAGAACUCCAGAGAGAAGGAUACACAGAGCCAGCUGAUGAGGGAAUCCAUCCCGACGAGAUCGAGGACGGCGACGAGCUCAGCAACACGAUGGUGCGAUUCUUGCGCGAAGAGCACGAAAGGGUGAAGGGCGAGAAACCAUACCAGCUCGAAAAGCCGGAUGCAGGCGCGCUGCUCGACGAGACCAGGACAUCGCUCCCGCCUAUGCCCUGGAGCUUGCAGAAGAUUCCUGCCCGUAAGCUGUUGACGCAAUAUCUCGAGGGCACGACGCCCAUGGCUUGGAGCCCAUUCGCUAUGCCGCUUGGUAAAUCCGAGCAUCUCGACGCGAAGCGCAUGAUUUCAGGACUUCUAGUGCACUUUGAGCCCAAAGCUGGCGGUCCCCCAGACCGCACGAUGAACAAGCAGAUGGGACUCAUUAACCAGCGGGCCAUGUCGAAAGCCAUGACCAAGCUUCGCGAGUACGAGGCAACGAGGAUGAAGGCUGAGGGCAUAAAGGUGGACGAGACCGUCCGGUUCAAGAGCAUACCGAAGCACCUGCGCGAGGAGACGACUAUGCGCGUCCUCGCUGGCCAAUAUGAGUUGUCGAGCAGCAAGGACGAAGAGUCUGGUGAGAACGCAUCGAAGGAUCCGCUGGUAAAGAACGUUGUCACACGUGCGCUUCAGGUCAAUCCCUCGUAUGACAUGACAAAGAUGGACGCAUUCAUGAACGUCGUCGAUGGCCUGAUAGCAGGCAAGCCUCGGGGUAAGGCGCCGAAGAUGGGAAUCACUUGAGUGAAUGAGAGAGUUGAACAUGCAAUUUUGUAAACAUAGCGUCUCAUUACUCGCUGUAAAUAUAGAAUGGAGCGGGAUAUAUCGUACUACAUCCAAUCUUGACCAUACCAUCAUCCACGUUCCGUUAUCAUGUAUAUACACCCCGAUUCUAAACCAACCAACCAAUCACC